GUGUAAACAUGAGGUGUGGCUGGCUCCGUGCUAGCGUUCACUGCAGUGCACAGCGGAAGCCACAAUGGAUUGUUCUUCAUCGCUCUCUAAGUGAACAAUAACUUUUAAUAGGCCAUGAAGUUACCGGAGAAGUUGAAUAGACCACUGGCAGUGUGAGCGAGUGAGAGGGGCACCCUUAGGAGGAGCAGAUUUGUCUUUGGUUGAAAUACGGUCUCAUCAUUUCAUUCCAAAGACCAUGCCGACUAAAACCCCAUUAAAAUACCCUCAUCGGAGUGGUAACAUCCCUGCUGUAACCCACACCACGGCUUUCAACAGCACCACCACCGCACCCCCCGGGUUCAUUGAGCAGCUGCUUAACAAGAUCCCGCUGCCUAGGUGGGCAGUCUACGCCAUCUUUGCCGCCGGGCUCCUGUUUCUCCUGGUCUGUUUUCUCUGCAUCUGUGUGAAAUGCUGCUGCAAGGGGAAGAAGAAGAGGAAGAAGCAGGAGGAGAAGAUAGAUCUGAAAGGCGUAAACGGCUCCAGCACCACCGCGCUGGUCCAGCCGGAUGCGGAUGAUUUGGAGUAUGGAUCACGUGACAAGCAGAAAGGAAGAAUCCUGUACUCGCUGGAAUACAAAGCAGAAACGUCUGAGCUCACAGUGGGAGUGAAGGAGGCCGCCGAGCUGAAAGCCAUGGACCUGGGGGGUACGUCUGACCCCUACGUCAAAGUCUACAUCCUCCCCAACAAGUCAAAGACCUGUGAGACCAAGGUGUUCAGGAAAACCCUCCAGCCAGCGUUCAACGAGUUCUUCAAAUUCCAGAUUCCGCUGGCUGAACUCAAUGAAUCCACACUGGUGAUGCAGGUGUUUGACUUCAACAGGUUCACCAAACAUGACAUCAUUGGCGAACUGAGACUGCAGCUCGGCACUAUUGACUGGAACCAUGUGAUUGAAGAGUGGAGAGACCUGACUGAGGCCUCCAAGUUUGAGCAAGAGAACCUGGGGGACAUUUGCUUCUCUCUGCGUUACGUCCCCACUGCCAGCAAGCUGACUGUCAUUAUUCUGGAAGCCAAGAACCUGAAGAAGAUGGACGUUGGAGGGUUAUCAGACCCGUAUGUGAAAGUGCAGCUGGUCUUGGACAAGAGAAAAUGGAAGAAGAAGAAGACAUCAGUGAAGAAGAAGACACUGAAUCCUUAUUUCAACGAAUCAUUUAACUUUGAAGUUUCCUUUGAUCAGAUACAGAAGGUCCAGCUGGUGAUCUCCGUGUGGGAUCACGACAACAUGAGCCGGAACGACGCGAUCGGGAAAAUAUUCCUGGGCUGCUCGGCCAGCGGGAACCAGCUGCGUCACUGGGCCGACAUGCUGUCCAACCCCCGCAGGCCAGUGGCCCAGUGGCACUCCCUGCUGUCUGCGGAGCAGGUGGACAACGCCCUGGCGCUCAAACACGCCCUGAAGAUCCCCUUCACCAAAAAGCCCUUCUGAAAGGCCAGCCAGCGCAGACACAAACACUUAUCUCUGUUCUUGGGCCACGUUUGUGGUUUGUCUAGUUUCCAUAAAUACAUUUUUAAAUACAUUAUGUAUAUUUGCAUACUCUUUGUGUACAUUUUAGGAUAUACUGCAUGUAUGCAUUAUAAUAAAUGACUUACUAGAAAGUGCCAUUUUUUUUGUUAUUAAAACUGCCAUGUAAAUGAUGAAAGACAAUUUGGAUUAUAAAUCCAGCCUGUCUCAUUUUUGUAAGUUUUCAAGUAUCCUCUCCUGGUGAGAAAUAAUGAUCAAUUCAAUUCAA